UCAGAAAGCACUUCCUGAAGGAGACAGAGCAAUGACUACAGCCCAGUAGCGCCAACUCCUCCAGCGAGCCAGAACCACAGUCAAACAGCCUUUAAUACGACAAACUGGGUACACCGGAAAAUCAUCACCUCUAAGACAGCGCUUUGACAGAAGGAGCUUCUUCAUACCAUGCCUACCAACAAGUUAUAAGAUGACUACCCCACGUGAUCAAGAUCAACCUGUCCCUUAUAACAGCUCAUACCCAGAUGAAUACAAAAUCGCGGCCCUUGUCUUCUACAGCUGUAUCUUCCUAAUUGGAUUAUUUGUCAACGUCACCGCCUUAUGGGUUUUCAGUUGUACCACCAAGAAGAGAACUACCGUGACCAUCUACAUGAUGAACGUGGCAUUACUGGACUUAGUAUUCAUAAUGAGCCUACCCUUCCGAAUGUUCUACUACGCAACAGGCGAAUGGCCAUUUGGAGAGUACUUCUGCCACAUUCUCGGGGCUCUCAUAGUGUUCUACCCGAGCGUUGCUCUAUGGCUUCUUGCUUUUAUCAGUGCUGACAGAUACAUGGCCAUUGUACAGCCGAAAUAUGCCAAAGAACUUAAAAAAACAUGCAAGGCCAUGCUUGCCUGUGUGGGAGUGUGGACAAUGACCCUGACAACCACUGUCCCUCUGCUGCUCCUUUACGAAGACCCAGAUAAAGCCUCCUCCCCCACCACCUGCCUAAAGCUCUCUGACAUCAUCCACUUCAAAGCCAUCAACGUGCUGAACUUCACUCGACUGUUCUUCUUCUUCCUGGUCCCUGUGUUCAUCAUGAUUGGGUGCUACUUGAUCAUCAUUCACAGUCUCCUGCACGGCAAGACAUCUAAGCUGAAGCCCAAGGUCAAGGAGAAGUCCAUAAGGAUCAUCAUCACGCUCCUGGUGCAGGUGCUGGUCUGCUUCCUGCCCUUCCACACGUGCUUCGCCUUCCUGAUGCUGGACGGGGAAGAGAACAGCUACAGCCCCUGGGGAGCCUUCACCACCUUCCUCAUGAACCUCAGCACCUGUCUGGAUGUGAUUCUCUACUACAUCGUUUCCAAACAAUUUCAGGCUCGGGUCAUUAGUGUCAUGCUGUACCGCAAUUACCUCCGGAGUGUGCGCAGAAAAAGCUUCCGAUCUGGCAGUUUACGGUCACUUAGCAACGUGAACAGUGAAAUGUUAUAAUGUGAAUUUUCUUCAACCUCUUUAAAAUUCAUUUUUCUAACUACUCUAGGGUCAGUGUAUAUUCUAUAUAAUAAUAUCAAAUCCCCUCUCUGCUUUAAAAAAAAAAAACUAAAAACUUAUGGGAUCUUAUUGUGGCAAUGUUAUUACACAUUCUGAUUUUUUUAUUUUCAAACUUGUAUAAAACAUUUUUAUGAAUUAUUGGGGAAAAAACACCCAAACCAGCAUUUCAUGGUCAAGUCUUAUCUACUUGAUAAUAAAUAUUUUGAAUUUAA